AACAUUUGGUAAUCGGCAUCAACGAUAUAAAAGUUGGAGUAUCAAUAUGACUUCGCAGAAGACAGAGGCCAGUGCCGUUUCGGGGAUUGACGAAGAGGUACCACUCAAUGCCGAGUUCUACAUUGAUUACAUCUCAGAUCCUGUUGUAAAGGAAAAAUUUAUUUCCAACACCAUUACCAUUCCUCUUAAAGAAGAGAGUGAAGAAGUUGUGAUUGAUGCCAUAAAUGAUUUGCCUGACGAUUCUAAUGAGUUGUGCAUGCUAUUAACAAACGAGGAAUGUCCGGCCGAAUAUUGGAUAUUGGUUGCCAAAGCAUAUGCCAACCAAGGGAAAAUUGACGAGGCUUUGACAGUUAUAGACCAAGCCUUGAAAAGUCCAUUUGCUACAAAGUCAUCACCUGAAAGUUACUCUGAGUUGAACAACUUUGCAGCCUGGCUAAAUAUUUUAAAAGCAAAUACAUUCCACGACUCUCAGGCUCUAGAUAAUGCGAGCGCUGAAUUAAAGGCUGCAUACUCGUCAUCAAGCAUCAGCAGUGAAUAUAACCUUUUGGCUGAAGCUGCAUUAAGUUUAACUUCCAAACAGAACAAGGGUAAAAGAACCAAGUUUGAAAAAGAAUCAAGAAACUUUGAUGUUGUUUUGCAAAAGAAUCCAAAGAAUUGUUAUGCUUUGAUGGGCAAGGGUAAACUAUUCUUCUAUAGGCAAAACUAUCUUGGAGCUUUGAAAGUUUUCCAAAAGGUUUUGCAGCUUAAUCCUUUGUUGAGACCAGAUCCUAGAAUAGGCAUAGGUUUAUGCUACUGGUUUCUUGAAAGAAAGGACUUGGCAAAUCAAGCAUGGCAAAACUCUAUUCAGGUCAAUCCUGAUAAAAAUUUAGAGGCGAAGAUUUUGAUUUCCAUUGCUAAAUUUGAUGACUGUUUCUUAAAUUCAGUUUCUGAUGAAGAUUUCAAGGCUAAAUAUAUUGAGGCAAUGAGUUUUGCUAAAGCAUCGUAUCACGAAGAUCCGUCCAACCAAGUUAUUCAAAUUAUCCUUGCUUCCUAUUAUUUUUCAAAGGGUGAAAUUGAAAUCGUACAGAAGAUUUGCGACAAAAUAUACAACGACCCAAAUGCUACACACUUUAUAAAGAGUGAAUCUUUGUUUUGGUUAGCAAGAUGCAAACUAACUUCUGGCGAUGUUUUGCAAGCUCAAAAGAUGUUUUCAGACUCUAUCAAGCUCAAUGAAAGUAACACGUUGGCCAGAGUUGGAUAUGCACAGUGCUUAGUUAUCAGAGGAGAAAUCAACGAUGCAAUUAGAACUUUUGAAAAGGUACAAGAAUUGAACUCCAAAAUUCUCGAAGUCACCUAUGCAUUGGGAAUGCUUUACUCCAAGAUUGACAAAUUUCGGGAGAAAGCAAUCACUGUGUUAGAAAAGUAUGUCAAAAUUGCAGACGACCAAGGUGAGUCUGUUUCUGUUUCGGCAUUACUCACUUUAGCUAAGCUUCAUGAAGACAACGAUAUAUCCAAGUCUUUGCAGUAUUUAUUAAAGGCAAAGGAAGAGGAGUCCCUUGCUGGGAAAACUGAUGAAGAGAUUUCCGGUAUAAUGUUCAACAAUCUUGGUGUUUUUUCAUUGUUAGAAAACCAUGUAGAUAAAGCAGAAGAAUAUUUCAAUCAAGCACUGAAAAACGUGAAGGCUCAAUAUGCUACCGACCCUGAAACAGAGAAAGCACUUGAAAUUACACUCACAUACAACACUGCAAGAGCCGAGGAAUCUACAAAUAACCCUCAUAAAAUCCAAAAUGCGAUGAAACUUUACAACGAGAUCCUUGAAAAAUGUCCACGUUACACAAGUGCCAAGAUAAGAUGGCUUACUAUUGCUUGUUUAUCAGAAGACAAAAACAUCAAAGAAGAAGUCCAAAAAUUGUUAACAGAAGAGUCUGAUGACUUGGAAGUCAGAUCGUUCUACGGUUGGUAUAUCAAAAAGUUUGGCUCCAAGCAUGGUCUCGUCGAAGAUAAAUCGAAAGAUCUUGAAAGUGAACAUCAUAGAGAAACACUAACCAAGUAUACUUCGCAUGACUGUUAUGCAUUGAUUUCAAUGGCAAGGGUGUAUUGUGUUCUUGCCAGAGAGAACAAGGAGCAAUUGAAGAAGGAUCAAUAUUAUGUGCGUGCAGCACAAUUAUAUCAAAAAGUGUUAAACUUGGAUCCAAAGAAUGCUUAUGCAGCACAAGGUAUUGCGAUAAUUUUUGCUGAAAAGAAACAAACUGGUUUAGCUUUAGAAAUUUUUAGAAAAGUGAGAGAUUCAUUGAAUGAUAUAACAGUCUAUUUGAAUAUGGGGCAUUGUUUGCUUGAGGUGAAGCAAUUUGCUAAAGCGAUUGAAAGUUACCAAUUAGCACUCACUAGAUUCACUGACGGAAAAGAUGCUAGACUAUUGAACUAUUUUGCAAGGGCAUGGUUGUUGAGAGGAAUGUAUGAGAAGAAUUUAGAGUGUUUCAAUACUGCGUUUGAAUAUGUUAGCAAAUCUUAUGAAAUAAACCCAAGCCCUGCCUACCAGUUCAAUAUCACUUACAUUGAAUAUCAACUUGCUGAUUUUGUCAGAAAAUUGCCACCAUCGAAAAGAACAAUGGAUGAUCUUGAAAGAUCUAUCAAGGGACUAGAAGAUGCAAUUGUCGUUUUGAAUUCAAUGGCAGAAGAUAGCACAAUACAUCCUCCAUAUCCUGCGGAUGACUUGAGAUUAAGAGUGAGUAUGGGUAAUACACUUCUAAAACAGCUCGAAAAGGCACUUGAAGAUCAAAAAGAACAUGAUAAAGGUUUUGAGGCUAGACUUUUGGGUGCCAAGAAAUUAAAGGAAGAAGAAGAAAAAAGGAAACUUGAAGCUAAACAAAAGGAAGAGGAAGAACGUCAAAAGGUCGAGGAAAAGCUUUUAGCAGAGAGAAGGGAACUAGAGCAGCAGCAACAAGAAUGGAAUCUUCUCAGAAUAGAGGAAGCUAAAGAUGAGCAAGAUAUAGUAGAUAAGCCUCCAGUGGAGAAAGAGAAGAAGAAAAGAGGAAGAAAGAAGGCAAAGAAGGAAGAUGAUGAUGACGAGAAUGAUGUACCAGCUAGCAAGAAAGCAAAAACCAAAAAAACGCCUCAAAGGAGUAGCAAACUUUCCAGUGAAUUUAUUGAUAAUAGUGACGAUGAAGCAGAGUACAGCGAAGAAGAAGAACCGCCACUUGAUAAUGAAGAAGAAGAAGAAGAAGAAGCAGAGUUUAGCGGUGGAGAGGAUGCCAAAGAUAAUGUAGCAGAAAAGUUCGAUAGAAAAAAGGGCGUUAUCAUAGAUGAUGAGGAGGACGAUGACGAGACCAGUGCUGGUGCUGGUGCUGGUACGCAAAAGAAAGUUGAAGAUCAUCAGCCAGUCAAAGCUGAUGCUGGAGAAGAUGAGGGUGAUGAUGGAUUAUUCUAAUUAUGUAUACUAAGAAUCUUUCUCAAAAAUAGUUUGGAAAAGUGUUCUUUUUCUGAUUGUAUUUUAAUAUUACAUCUGUGUACUUAUUAUUAAAAAAAAGAACUAUAUCUCAUGUUAUGGAAAUGUUUGACGAUAAAAAGAUAUUUUUAAUGCUCGAACUUUUUGGAUCUCUUUUCACGGAUAUCCUUCUUUUUAGCAGAGAUCUCAUCCAUAGUAGCAUUGUGACUGACAGUGGUUUCUUGGUUAAAAGGAUUUUCAUCGCUUUUUUGGAACUCCUUGAAUAUCAACUGCUCCAACUGCUGCUUUCUCAAACCAGGAUUUUCACUUUUCACUU